AUGGCGACAACGGCUGCGCCAGCACCAUCCACUUCCGGCCAACCAGCUGGGCCUGGAGGUCGACCCCAGAUUAAGGUUGGGUCGAACCCGAACAUGAACAGGCGGAACGUGCAGAGUCCCGUUGACGGCGGGCAAAACAAAAGAAAUACUACCCACAAACCUUGGGGCCAGCAAAACCAUUCUGGUGGACAAUCAAAGUACCAACCACCGAAUGCCAUCAACAACCAAAAGAAACUAGCGGAGACCGACACGUCGGAUAAGCAUAUGAACGACCGAACCGUUUACCUACUGGGAAAUUGUGUGGGUAGAAAGGCUGUCGCGACCAUCAAAAGCGGGGCCCAAUUUCAGGGUAUCUACUCGGGUUCUGCUAUGACUGGUGACUUCGGUUGUGUUCUGAAGUUUGCCAAGCAAAUACGGGGACCACAAGGCGAAGAGGACAAUUUUGUCACCGGAUAUAUUGGUGGAGGAUUUGAGAAAACCCUCAUCAUUGAGCCAAAGGAUUUGAUGGAUCUUGAAAUCGCUGAUGUUCCCUUGGAGUCGGGAGAAGUUUUCCCCAACCAGAAUGGCACCGGUCAAUUUAAGACAGAUGUUGAGAUAUCCGGCAACCAACCCGUUAGAGAACGCGAGCUUCAGCGGUGGCAAGCCGAUGAUGGCUCUGGUGGUCUCGGAUUGGAAGAGAACCCUGAGUCACGAGGCCCGGAGAAGAAAUGGGAUCAGUUUGAAACCAAUGAGCGGCUCUUUGGUGUAAAGAGCGAUUUCGAUGAGAAUAUCUAUACAACAUCGAUAGAUAAAAGCCAUCCCUCAUACCAACAGAGGGAGGCUUUAGCCGCUCAGAUCGCCCGAGAAAUCGAAACCAGCGGCAAUGGCGGCGCGAUCAGCGCCCACCAGGCAGAAGAACGUGGGUUGAAGGUUGACGAUAGCGGGUUUGACGAGGAGGAUAAGUAUAGCGGUGUCCAGCGUGCCGCACCUCCUGCAACAACAACUACUCCGGGCACACAGAAGUAUAUGCCACCCGCUCUGCGGGCUCAAGUUUCCGCGCCACCCGCCGCACCAUCACCGGCGCCGGUUGCUAAAGAUGCGCCGAAAGAUGCGCCGAAAGACGCCGUUAUUAGCGAACCUACUACCACUCAAACAGUUUCGGAAUCAUCUGGAAAGCCCGAAGCAGCAAAGAAACCAACAGCUACUACUACCCCUGCCGCUUCUGCUAGUACUACUACCAGCACUACUAGCGCUACUCCCGCUGUUGCGGCAACCCCGGCUGUUACCACCCCCAUCCCAACAAUCACAGAACAAGCUCCUUCGCCUCAACCCCCAUCUAUCUCUUCAUUCAAGCCUGAAGAACCUAAGCCCAAGGACAAAGCUCCGCUCCCUGAGUCUGUCAAAAAGGCGUCUAUUCCAGUUGCUGUCCCUAUCAUCCCAAUCCAUAAGGGCUCUGAAGGUUCCGUGCAAGUCCCUACUGCAGCCCCUGUGGGGGCUUCGGAUACACUAGUAAGGGUAAAAGAUGCUUUCCGACAAUUUGGAGCUACGGAACGCGAGCGUGUAGAGAGAAAACGGCAGCAAAUGGUUAAGAAGGAUAAAGAUGUUAAGCUCCAAGAUCUUAAGAAGUUCGCGCAGAGCUUUAAACUCAAUACUCCUGUACCUCAAGAUCUCGUCCCUAUCCUUGCUAAGGACAAAGCGAAGCAAGAUGAGAUCAUCGAGAAGUCAAAGGCUAAUGCCGCCGCUCACGCUCAAGUCAAGAAGCAACCUCCCACGUCGCAAGCUACCACUGGUACGGCUGCCGCAGGUAUUCAAUCGAGUCUCCGAACCCCGAUUCCAGCUCCGCCUAGUCAAGCGGCAAACACCAGCACACUGUCAGGUCAGAAUAUUCCGCUACCCGAUAAAAACGGGCUCAGCAAGGCUCCAAUCCCAGGAAUUCCCCCACGACACCCUUCCGGAUAUCGCUCUGAUAGGCCGCAACCUCUUCCAGCUAACAUGAACUUACCUCCUGCUCCAGGUCCCCGUCUCCUAAGCGAUAAAAUUAGACAUAAUCAGCAGAUGAAGCAAACCGGCCAAUACGGAAACAUGCCUGCCCCGAUCCCCGUCGUUGACCAUUCUACUCCUCCACCUACUGGGCCCGCCGCCAUGCAACCUAAGGCCUUCUCGCCAACAGGUCCGAAGCCGAACCCUCGGGCUCUGGAAUUCCGUCCAAGCCCCUUCGCCGCAGUUUUCACCCCUGGUACAAACGGAUCUGCUCCCGCCGCCGCUCCAACAACCGCUUCUCCGGCCCCCUCGACUUCAUCGCGUGCUACUAGCCCUUCAGUGUUCUUCGGUUCAAAGAAGCCCAAGUCAGUCGAAGAGAGGGUAUCUGUUAGCAAUACUUUCGAUCCAUUUAAGAGAAUGAAGCAGGAAGCCGAGCAAAACAAAGAAAAGGCGCCUACUAGUGGUGACAAACACCAUUUGAUUCAAGGUUUCAUCGUCAAGCCAUGGUCAACUCUGCCAACUUGGUCGGUGAAGCCUGAAAAUGCAGAAAAGAAAUAUGCAGAGGUGUUCGAAAAGAGCGAGCCUUCGACAGCCGCCGCGACUCCUCAGGGUCAAACCCAUCAGAACAACAAUCAUCCGCCACAUCACCCACCUCACCCAGCAGGGCAUCCUAUCCCGACUCAUAUAACUCAAAACCCACAUAUGCCCCAUGAAAGGCACCCUGGCCCUCAUAUCCCAACAUUCUCCGGCCCGACUCCGCAUUUUGGAGACGAGCCACAUGGCCGGCAUGUUAGCUCCCCACCAAAUGUCCUCCCUUCUCCUUCAAUGCAAAACGCAAGCAUCCCUACACAAUUCGGCUCUCCCGGGGCUCACCAUGCCAUUGUUUACCCGAACCACGGGCAGGUGCCACCGCAUUACGGAGUCUUGGGACAAAACGGACAAUUCGGUGGAUAUCGAGGGGGGUAUGCCGCCGGUCCGCAAUUCAUGCAACCGCCCGGAGCUGCCGGCGGUGCAUCGCCAAUGGUGAUGGGUGCCCAAGCGCAGACACCUAUUCCGUUCAUUAUGCCAGGGAUAGGGGGGCCAUUCAUCCAACCACAAGGAAUGUACUCUCCUCACCAGAUACAUGCCUACCCUGGUCAGCCUGCGGGUCCGCCGCCGCCGCCCUCUGGUGGAUACCCUAGUCCAGGGAGAGGCGCCCCGAUGAUGAUGCACCAAAGUUCACAACAGGGGCACCAAACACCGGUUCCAGCUCCGAUGAUGCUUAGCAUGUCUAGUGGACCGGCAGGUCAUCCGUCCCAGCACAACAUGAUGCGACCAUUCCACGGCCCUCCACCUUUCAACCAGCACCCAGGGGGCCAACACCAUCCGCAGAAUCAGUACGGACAACAUCCAGGUGGGCGAGGUGGGGGCGGUUACUCGCACCACAAUAACCUACCUGGCCACCUACCCGGACCAUCCAAUAUCUCUCACGAGAAUACCGAAGAGUCGAAAUAA